AUGGUCAAACUAUUUGAACCCCUCGGCAUCUUUGUCCUCGCCACCUCUCUCCUCAAUGGGAUCCCCACCGCGCAAGCCCAGGGACUAGCGCUUUCUGGACAACCCGGGUCUACUCGCAUGUGUCAGGGCCAGGCUCGGAAAGGGACCAAGAGAUACAAAUGCGGUUGCUGUUGCUGUGAUGACCCAGGGCCGGACGUCGAGUGCAAUCCCCAGUGCCCCUCUGCCCACGCAAAAAUCUUUCAAUGCAACGGCCGAAAGUACAAACAGUUAUGUGGCGUUCAUGUUGCAACCGCGACUCUCCGGGACUUUAGCUCUCCUUCUUAUCAAUCGUGCUUUUAUAGCUGUGUCAAUGAGCCCCAGUGCAAUGCUCUGGAUUAUACAAACCAGCAUUGUUGGUUGAAGACGCAGGGUGUGGAUCCUCCGCCGAAGCCAAUGAACUCGAACACGGACGAUAUCAGUGUGAUUUUCUUGCCCUUCGAAGACGUAAGUCAGAGGCAAAGAUUGCAGGCUUCCGCGAUAGAAGUCGGGGUUACGUAG